AUGCCAGAGUAUUACCUAUGUGUACCGUCCAAAACAGAUCGUGGGCCUUUGCGUACUGCAGAUCUUUGGUUAGCCGGAUUGCCUCGCACUAGCAUUCCACAACAUGGAUUCAACCCUGAGUCAGAGGAAUCAACAUGCAGUCUUUGCUUUGCCACGCUAGAACCCGGGUUUAUAUUGCGUCAUUUACCCUGUCAGCAUAGCUUUCAUCAGCCGUGUAUAGAUGAAUGGCUGUGCGAGCAUGACGCUAGUUGUCCUCUCUGUCGCCGGACCUUUUACUAUUUGAGGAAGCCAUAUCUCAUAGAAAAGCCGACUUCAUCCAAGCCACAACCUCAGCCUGACAUGGACGCUGAGGUUCGCGAAGCACGACAGACCUUUGUGAAGUGGUGGAAAGAAUUGUUCACAUUAGGCUGGUUCCACCAUGAUAGAACGUUUACUGAGCGAAAGCAUCACUUUCAUCACCAGACGCAGCAUCCGGGUUGA